UUCACUUUUCAAACUCAGAAAUUUCCGGGUUUUUUUUCUUAAAUUAUUUUCUGUCAAAUUUUGGACUUUCCAUAUAUUCGCUUUACUAGAAAAUUUGAUAUUUUUUGGCGGACGUUUACUCUUUUUUCCUAUCAACAGCCCUAAUGCGCCGUGGUUUUUGUUGUUUUAUUGUAUCCAUGUGUUUUAAUUGGACCGCGGGUUUCCCAGCUGAUCCGGUUCGGUGCCACUGGGUGACCCAGCCCGGAUGUCUUGUCUCUAUCCGCCCUCCCUCGGACCACCGACGCAGUGCCAGGUCCGACCAGCAGCAGCAGACGCACCGCGCCUCACGCACUCCACGCACUGGAAGCCAGCGGGAGGAUGCUGCUGCUCGCACCGGCUCAGAGAAGCUUCCUCCGCGGGGUUCGGCUGCAGGCGGCGGCGGCGCGGCUGUAGGAUGCACCGGACCGGACCGGGUGUGGAGCGGGCCUGGCUGAGCUCGGCUGCUGCUCUCCUCCAUCACCAUCAGUCCUGAUUCGGUUGUUUUCUUUUAUUUUUUACUCCCAUCGCAGUGUUUUUAUUUCCAGGUCAGAACCAGUGUUUCCUGUGCGGUCGUUUGCACUGAAAAUGGCCGGAGAUGGCGGCGCUCUGAAGGAUAUCAAUGAGAUUAAAUCCCAGUUCCGGACCAGAGAGGGCUUCUACAAGCUGCUCACCCUCUCCGACUCGCAGCAGCGGGGCGGCCUGCCGCGGGGCCCGACCGCCGGAGCCACGCUGGGGCCCGGCGCAGGACCCGGGCCGAUCCCCGGAGCAGGGGUCGGGCUGCUGCAGGGGCCCGGGGCCGCCGCAGCCUCGUCCUCCUCCAAUGCGGCGGCCAACUCCUCCCCGGCGGGCUUCCUGCCGCCUGUCCGGGUCUCCAUGGUGAAGCUGCAGCCCGAAGACCCGAGCGAGGAGUCGGAGCGGGUGUGCUUCAACAUCGGCAGGGAGCUGUAUUUCUACACCUACACCAACAUCAAGAAGGCCGUGGACCUCAGUAAACCCAUAGACAAGAGGAUCUACAAGGGGACCCAGCCGACGUGUCACGACUUCAACCAGUACUCGGCCACGGCGGAGAGCGUGGCGCUCAUCGUGGGCUUCUCCGCCGGCCAGGUCCAGUACCUGGACCCCAUCAAGAAGGAAACCAGUAAGCUCUUCAACGAGGAGAGGCUGAUCGACAAAUCCAAGGUGACGUGCCUAAAAUGGCUGCCCAAGUCGGAGAACCUGUUCCUGGCCUCCCACGCCAGCGGUCACCUCUACCUGUACAACGUGGAUCAUCCGUGUGGAACCACCGCUCCGCAGUACUCGCUGCUGCGGCAGGGCGAGGGCUUCGCCGUCUACGCCUGCAAGAGCAAGACGCCGCGCAACCCCCUGCUGCGGUGGGCCGUGGGCGAGGGCGGCCUGAACGAGUUCGCCUUCUCGCCAGACGGCGUCCACGUGGCGUGCGUGGGUCAGGACGGCUGCCUGCGCGUCUUCCACUUCGACUCGAUGGAGCUGCAGGGAGUGAUGAAGAGCUACUUCGGCGGGCUGCUCUGUGUUUCCUGGAGCCCCGACGGGAAGUACCUGGCCACCGGCGGCGAGGACGACCUGGUGACCGUCUGGUCGUUCGCCGAGAGCCGGGUGGUGGCGCGCGGCCACGGCCACAAGUCAUGGGUCAACGUGGUGGCGUUCGACCCCUUCACCACUUCGCUGGAGGACGACGAGCCGAUGGAGCUCAGCGGCAGCGAGGAAGACCUCCACCAGGGGGCGCAGAAUAACUCCACGCACUUCGGCCGGGUGCGGACGAGCAGCACGCUGUCGCGGCUCUCGCGGCACAGCUCGAAAGGCGGCGGCUCGCCGUCCGUCACGUACCGGUUCGGCUCGGUGGGUCAGGACACGCAGUUCUGUCUGUGGGACCUGACGGACGACGUGUUGUACCCCCGCCUGCCCCUGUCCCGCGCCUUCACCAACACCUUCGGCCCUUCGCUGCCCAACUCUGGCAGCGGCGGGGUCAACAGCAGCUCUGGCGGCGGGAUCGGAGGCGUGGAGGGGCACCAUCACCCGCCGGGCGCCAACACCGGCAGCGCCAACCCGCCGACGCUUCCUCUGCCGCUGCCCCGCUCCCUGUCCCGCUCCAACUCCCUGCCCCACCCGGCGGUGGCGAAUGCCUCCAAGGGUCCGGGCGCCUCCGAGGGCGGCGGCGGUAGCGGCGGAGGAGGGGGAAGCGGCGGCGGGGGCAACAGCGCCCCCUUCAGCAUCGGCCGCUUCGCCACGUUGUCCCUGCAGGAGCGCAAGUCGGACAAGUCCGGGAGCGGCGGCGUGGAGAAGGAGCACAAGCGUUACCACAGCCUGGGCAACAUCAGCAAGAGCAACGACAAGAUCAACGUUGCCCCCCGCAGCAACCGGCUGGACGGCGCCAAGGUGCUGGGCACCACGCUCUGCCCCCGCAUGCACGAAGUGCCGCUGCUGGAGCCGCUGGUCUGCAAGAAGAUCGCACACGAGAGGCUGACCGUCCUGGUGUUCAUGGACGACUGCAUCAUCACGGCCUGCCAGGAGGGCCUGAUCUGCACCUGGGCGCGGCCGGGGAAGGCGAACCUGACAGCACAGAACGGGAACUCUCCCAGUGGAACGGUGGUAUAGCUGGAGGAGAAGCUUUGCACUCAUCCCUCCUCCUCCUCUUCUGUUCGACGCCUCCUUCCUCUUCUUAAACCUCCUUUUGGGGCCAACGACCAGAACCAAACCCUCGGCGUCUCUGAUCGCUGAAACUCUGACCCUGACUCCUGGACUUUCUCUGAAGAAAAAUCUCAUAUUUAUUUCCGUUUUAUGCAAAACUUACAAGUCGGUAUUAGAGAAACGGGGUUAUGUAGAAUAGUUUGGAGCUGCUAGUGUCUUACCUGCAGCAGACGGGAGUCAGAGAGAUUUCAGGUGAAACUCUGACAACAGGAACCAUCCAGGAAUUAUGACUGAAAUCCUUUAAAUGCUUAAACUUAUGUUGUAAAUGUGCUUAAAACUUUAACUUUUUACUAUAAGUUGGAUCUGUAGAAGUCUGCAACCUUUCAGACGUAAAGAUUUAUUUGAAGUUUUAUCCCUGGAGGAAGCCGUUUGUAUGCAGAGAACAUCUUCCAGAUGAGAUUUCCCCUGACUGUCCAAACACCUGACUGCUGCGUACUGCAGGUUAGAUACUGACUGCUAACACAGACACCAGAAAAAGAAAGUACACCCUCUUUAACUACUUAAAUCCAACAUCAGAAGGGGAGAAACACAUCAGGUUCAACACUGUCAUUAUUUAUUACACAAAGACGAAUCCUAAAUAUACAAUCUGUGUGGUGAAAAAGUAAGUACACCCUUUGUUUAUAGGUGUUUCAGCUUGGUGCUGCUAAUCAAAUGCAGAGAAGCGAUGGAGCAGUGGAAAACAUUUUAAUCAGCUGUAAGGUCACUUCAAAUUCAAAUCCCUCAACACACAGAAACCCCGAAUGUCCAACUCAACCCUACAGGCUGCAGGUAGCAUGCUAAAGGUCAAAGUUCAUGACUGGAUGGCUCUAGAGUCGCUUGUUCCUGAAAAGAAAUCGCAGAAUGAGUCAAGUUGGCCAAACUGCAUCUGACUGAACCUGAAGAUUUCUGGAAUAACGACUUUGGUCAAAUGUAGGGCUGAAACGAUUAAUCGGAUUCAUGGUGAUUAAUCAACGUUUGAAAUAAACUAACAUUAGUAAUUGAUUAAUCAUUAACUGACGUAUAUAGUAUACUGCUAAAAAGAUAUUUACCUAAAGAACAACACAGUCAGAGCAUUAAAUAAGUCAAAACUGUACAAAAAGUAAAAGCAUUUUGGAUUCAAGAUCAAGAAAAAACAUAUUUUUCUGUAAAUAUUUUCUACCCAGAAUUCCUCAAAUCAUUUUUCAGCUUCAACAUUGUUCAAAUUCUGUAAAACAAACAAAAAAGAUCUCAUAUUAAUCAUUUGUGAUCCAAUUAUUAAUCUGUUAAUUCAAAAUAUUAGGGGCUGCACAGUGGCGCAGUUGGUAGAGCUGUUGCCUUGCACA